AUGCCCUCGACCUCCGCGCAGGCCAAGGCGCGCGGCUCGUCGCUCUACGCGGCCAAAGACUACGCUGGGGCCGCGCGCUGCUUCGGCGAGGCCAUCGCCGCCGCGGGCCCCGCCGACGACGCGGAGCUCCACGUCUACUACGGCAACCGCUGCGCGUGCUACCAGCAGCUGCGCCGGUGGCGCGAGGCCCUCGAGGACGCCGAGGCGGCGACGUCCAUCAAGCCCGGCUGGGCCAAGGGCUGGGCGCGCCUCGGCGCGUGCCUGCGCCAGGCCGGCCGCGGGAACGAGGCGCGCGCGGCGCUGGCCAAGGCCGCGGAGCUCGAGCCGGCGAACGCGUCGUACGCGCGCGCGGCGCGCGGCGACGCCGGCCCGGCCUUCGCCGCGGGCGACGGCGUCCUGGGCACGCUGGUCAAGGCCGCGGCGCACAUCCAGGUCUGGUUCGCGGGCCUCGACGGCCUCAACAAGGUCGGAGUCGUCGUCGCCGUCGUCUUCGCGUUCUACUUUGGCUUGAUGAUGGUCCAGAGCGCCGUCAUGGGGCUCAAGCGCCUCGGCGUCGGCGGCCCGCGGUCGCGGCCCCGGGGCGUGCCGCCGCCGAGCGACCCCUACGAGCGCUACGCGGCGCCCGCGGCGGCGGGGCCCGCGUGCUGCGACAAAUACGGCCGGCGCACGUACGGCGGCACCUACGACGCCUACGGCCGCCCGGCCCGGGGCCACCCGGACUACGCCGACGACGCCUACGGCGACGCCUACGACGCGCCGCCGCCGCCGCCGCGCCGGCCGUCGUCCUACGGGUCCUACGGCGGAUCGUCGUCCUACGGCUCGGGCGGCGGCAUGGGCAUGAUGGGCUUCGCGGCGAUCAUGGUCGCGGCCUGGAAGCUGCCGCCCUACUUCGGCCACGCGCCCUUCUUCGGCAUGUCGCCGAUGACCUUCAUGUGGCUCGUCCAGAUGCUCCAGAACCAGAACCGCCGCGGCGGCCGCCGCAUGCCCAUGGGCGGCAUGGGGGGGCUCGGCGGCCUCGGCGGCUUCGGCCGCCGGCGGGGGAUGUUCUUCUAA